UAACUGGUAGCUUCGUACCGCAGCUGACAGAAGAUGAUGCUUUACCACCAGUUACACGGAUUUAUGAUAUUAUGGAUAACGCUAUGCUACUCUCAAGAAGAUCAUUACCAAUGGACAAAUUACGCUCAGUUAGACAGAGACGGUCGAUUUCAUGUUUAUUGGAAAACAGAUGACGACGAAAUUACAUUUAAAACUGUUGUUGCUACCACGGGAUAUGUCGGAUUCGGAUUAUCUCCUAAUGGUGGAAUGCAAGGUAGUGAUAUCGUCAUCGGUUGGGUGCAAAGUGGUGAAGCUUAUUUUUCAGAUUGUUAUGCAGACAGCAAUUCGCUACCAAAAAUUGAUCCAGAACAAGACUGGGAAUUAUUGGAAGGUCGAGAAAAUGAUACUCAUACGUUAUUGAUAUUUAAAAGAAAAUUGGAAACUUGUGACAUUAGAGAUUACCCAAUUAAUGAUGAUACUUUUCGAUUAAUAUAUUCUUUUAACGACGAUGAUCCGGAGUCCUUUUACGCUAUUCAAUAUCACAGUACUCUUCACCGAGGUUCUCGAAGUAUUAUGCUACUCAAAUCACAAACGGGCCAAGAUAUAUCGAAAGAAAAUGUUCGAUACUGGGAUAUAAAAUCUCCAAAUUUUACAAUUACUCGAGAAUUCGAUUCUAUUUAUUGGUGUAGUCUUCACAAAGCACCGCCUUUAGACAUAAAGCAUCAUGUUAUCAAAAUUGAAGCUAUAUUGCAGAAAGGUAACGAAAGAUAUAUCCACCACAUCGUUUUAUAUCAAUGUGUUGGAAAGAAAUCAGAUGAGGGAGAUAAAUACCUUAAUUAUGCUGGACAUCAUUGUUACCAUCGUAAUAUGCCACGAUUUUUUCAUCAGUGUCAAGGUUUAUAUGCAGCCUGGGGUAUUGGAGGCGAGCCAAUGAUAAUGCCAGAAGAAGCAGGAUUACCUCUCGGAGGAGACGAAGAUCCUUACUUCCUGUUACAAGUACAUUACGAUAAUCCAACUCUUCAGGAUAAUAUUGUAGAUUCUUCCGGAAUGCGUUUAUACUAUGUGCCGAAUCUUCGCAAAUAUGACGCGAUGACAUUAAUGGUGGGUGCUGAAAUUUCUAGGAGCGUGAUUAUACCGCCCAGACAAAAGAGUUUUAUCGUUGCUAGUCAUGGACAUCCAGAAUGUUUAAGCUCGGUAAUGCCAAAGGAGGGAAUUCAUGUUAUUGCUGUAUUUCUUCAUGCUCAUUUAUUAGGUAGAAAAUUGAUAGCUCGUCAUUUCAGAAAUGAUACCGAAUUGCCGCCAUUAGCAGUAGAUAAUAAUUAUGAUUUUAAUUAUCAGGGAUAUCGUUUUUUAAACAAUAACGUGAAAAUCUUGCCGGGUGAUCAAAUAACCGUAGAGUGUCGAUAUGAUUCAACUGGUAGAUCAGUUACGACAUUUGGUGGUUUUAGCACUAAAGAAGAAAUGUGUAUCGCUUUCAUUCUAUAUUAUCCUCGAGUGGCUAUUUCUGGAACUUUAACUGGACCAUCUUUUCAGAUGAUAAUGGCUUUAACUGGAAUUAGGCAAUUUUAUCAGGGAACUUUCAUAAUUAGUUUACCUUUGAAUCUGCAAAAUCAUAGUUAUUUAGAACAUUUAAUGUUAUAUCCAUGGACGCCAAAAUAUGUAGAUAUUGUUGAAAAUGUUUUGCGUUUUGCUCCUUAUACCAGUUCCUGCAUGUACAGUGAUGGUCGAUAUGAAGAGAUGUCCUCUCUCAUUGGUUAUCCAGAAAUUCGUUAUACUUACGAAAAGAAAAAUAAAUGCUUCUUUGAAGUCAAUCCAACUUCAGAACAUUCGAAAAUCUUAAGAGAAACAUUGGUCCAAGAUGGAAGUGCGAGUCAAAAUAUUAUCGCUUCAGAAAAACUAUUAAUUUCUACAAUAAUUUUAACGAAUAGUAUAUUAUUUGAAUACCUCACAUUGAUUUCUUGUUAAAACUAUAUAUAAUACUACAAAGUUGUUUUUAUACUAUAUUGUAUACGAAUCUUCUGUUUGUAAUUGUUUUUAUUGCACAGUUUUAUUAUAGUGUUUACGAUAUAAUGUUUUCAUUGAUUAUUAUUAUUAUUAUUAUUAUUAUUAUUUACCUGAUUGAUUUAGU